UUAAGUGAAUUUAUACCAAAUACGAUCGACUACUACAGCCACCAAACACUGAUACGUAGAAUUGGGUCAAUCUCCACUGUAUCUAAUAGAUCGAAGUCCCCGUCCUUUGUAUCUUUGAGCAAGCAAUCACAAUGUCAAGUCAAGCACCACAGCAGCAUACCGUUGACCCGCCGGCAGUAACCCAAAUUAGCGACCCUAACGAUCCGAAUGCGGUGCCCCCUCCAUCUGUAGUUGCUGCGGGUACUGGACUACCAGCUGCACCUAGAGGAGCAGCAGACUCUUCGCAGGAAGCUGCAACCGCUCCUGGAAGUGGGAACAUGACCGAACACUCGGAGAAACUCUCGUUUAAAGAACAGGUUAAUGGUUACGCCAAAAAGUUUGCAGGUGCUACAUUUCGGAACCGCGAAGAAAAGGAAUGGGGUGAAAAGAAACUGGCGGGGGACAGCGUCUGAUUGUACUUUACACACAAGAAAUGGGCUGUUUAUGUUGAUUAUACAGUAGCUAUCAAUGAGAUUUGGAUGAUAUUUAGCCAUCAACUGCCGAACGCGCAAAAAAAUAGGAUUGUGCUAGUUUUUCUAUUUCCCUUGUUGGCUAGAAAUAAGAAGACCAGGAAGUAGGCGUGCAAGAAGAUGGCAUUAGUACGUCAGCGUCGUCAUUAUCACCGUAUAGAUACCACCGGACCUUCUACCCCUGUUGCCUGAUUACAACAAUUGCCGCAGUAACAUUACAUUCAUCGUGGAAAUUUAAUGCUGAUCAGGGAUUCACUAUCUAUUGUCAUAUGCCUUAUACGGCUAAAUCUACCCAAUGAUUCCCCCACCUAGCCCUCAAUCCAUCGUCAUAGGUCAACAUUUUGACUAUAUCCUCACACAUCGACCUUUGUUCAGAAGUCAGGCGGCGUCCAUCACGAUGUUUCAUUUUGCGACUGUGGAGUUGAGUCGUUUCCUCGCUUUGCCCGCCUGAUCUGACACCCAGUGUCGUAACUGAAUGCAACUCGACUACAAGUUCCUUGAUCACUCGCUUGGCCAUCACUCUGCCCCAUAUGAGGUCGGCUAGCAAUAUACACUGCGUAAAAAUACCGGCGAGUACGCGACUGCCGCGGGUGUAAUGGAUGAGGUCUUCAGUGGAAUUUCUAAGCCACGCGGCUAGCCCGCUUAACAGUGGCUCGUUUCCCUUGAUAUCGACCAUCAAAAGGAACGGAACAAAGUUCGCAUAUACUCCGGAUCUUUGGCAAGCAGAGCCUACUGGAGAAACUGGAAAUGUAUCGAGUUGAGAGAAGAUAUUCUUGAGGACAACUGUCAUCCAGUUUGAAGUGCCUGCAGAAGCCCAUAGGGAAUCAAGCAGAGGAUUCGCCCAAAAUGCUGUUGCAAAUGGAAGACUGCUGAUGCUUUGGAUACUUGACUUAACUGACGGCUGAUUCAGCGGUCCAUCUGAGUACUUAUCAGCAUAUACUUUAAGUUUUUGAUUUUACAAUACUAACAGUGAUGAGAGGUGGU